UUAUAGCGAGACCCGGCGGGUAUUCUGACACUGGGGGGAACUGACUAUGACAUCCCCAGUGACACCAAUACAGUGAUCAUUGCUAAUAAAAAAAAAACACACCUCCCUAUAGCAGAAAUACUGCUACAGGACGGCAUGGGUGUGCAAAAUCAUGUAUAUAUGUGAUUUUGCAGUUGCGUGUAGGGGGUGUCACCAUUCGUGGCCUUGGCUGUCAAUCACCGCUCCUGCACACUGCUUUGUAUGGCUUUGCAUAGCACAGCCAUACAAAGCAGUGUGC